CAGGAGCCUUCCCAGUGCCUGCCCGAGGCAGCACCUUUGUUGCCUUGUUGGUUUUAUUUCGGCUUUGGUGUGAUGAAGGAAGCUUGAGCACUUGUCAGGCAGCUGGAAAUUCUUCAGUGCCGUGAGGCAAGGACGUUUCCGUGGUCCCGCUGAUCGCGCCUGCCCUGGCUCCUUUCGCUCACUGCGGGACGGUGCAGGGAGGUGCUGUGGGGGUGACACUGGUCUCCCCAGAUACUCCCCUCCUUCUCCUGUUUUCCCAGCAGCCAUGUUGUUUGCUGAGCAGGAGCAGAGGAAAGAAAUAACUGUAUGAGAAAGAGUGAAGAAUGGACGUUAUGAAGCAGUUGCUUGCCUGCUGUCCAUCCUGCGUUAGCCUUCUCCGCUGCGGCUCCCUUCCUUGGACAGCAGCGUGACCCUUUCUUCGCCAGCACUGUCAGGCUGUAGCAGCCAUCUCGUUGGAAGGAGCAUUGUCCUCUGGAACCUGAUUGACGAGGCUGUCGUGUUAUGACGACCCCCAACAAAGGAAACAAGGCCUUGAAGGUGAAGCGGGAGCCAGGCGAGAAUGGGACCAGCCUGACAGACGAGGAGCUGGUGACCAUGUCUGUGCGGGAGCUGAACCAGCAUCUGCGGGGCCUGUCGAAGGAGGAGAUCAUCCAGCUGAAGCAGCGUCGGCGCACGCUGAAGAACCGGGGCUACGCGGCCAGCUGCAGGGUCAAGCGCGUUACCCAGAAGGAGGAACUGGAGAAGCAGAAGGCGGAGCUGCAGCAAGAAGUGGAGAAGCUGGCGUCCGAGAACGCCAGCAUGAAAAUGGAACUCGAUGCUCUCCGUUCCAAAUACGAGGCUCUGCAGAACUUCGCCAGAACCGUGGCCCGGAGCCCAGUGACCCCUGCGCGGGGGCCUCUCACCUCCAGUAUGGGCCCCCUCGUCCCUGGCAAGGUUGCUACUACUAGUGUCAUCACAAUAGUGAAAUCCAAAACGGACGCCCGGUCUUAGUGAAGCGAGUGUUGCCUGAGCUUGUCUGUGCAGGGCAAUUAGGCACAAAACCAGCCUGGAAUCCCCAAAGCACAAACCCUCCCCACAUGGGUCCGGGUUCUUUCUACUUGGCCCAGGACUGGCCUGCUGAUCACUCCAGUUUUAUUUUGUUGUGUCCACAUUGGUAUGAGCAGUGGUGGUGCGUCCCUUGCCCUGUGCGGUCUGCAGCCCUCAGGCGCCCCAGGACAGGCUGCGAGAUCUUGGCUUUCCAGCCAGAGAGAGUCUGUGCAGCGCGGCCGAUGGCAGGGCGACGGAAGGGCUUGGGGACGGUCUGGAGGGAGGCUUUCCUCCUGGGGGCCAGGAACCCUAAAUCUCAGUCACUUCCAAAGGCUUUAUUUCAUUACUCUUCCAGGCGGUGCAUCUCGGCACCUGACUCCCAGGUGCCUGAACCUGCUGCUUUUGUCUCCUUUGGUGCCCGUAGUUGCAGUUGGGGUGUUCUGUGUGGUAGGUUUUUAUUCCUCUCUAGCUGUGCCUCUGUGCCCGAGCAGUGGGUUCCCUUCAGACGUCCGUCGCGUGAGCCGUGUGAACUAGCCGUGGUGGGAGGGACGAUGCUGCCCCUGCCCCGCCACGGGGAGGACGCCGGGACAGGGCCCUGCGCCCCGGGGAAGGGCGGGAGGGAGGGGGGAAGGUACCGUCUCGACUGCAGGCCGGUUUUGUGCCUAAUGUGUUGCACUGAACAAGACCAAAAUCACUAGUUGUUCCCGUGUUUUGAGGGUAUCAAGUGUCUCUAGUGUGAUGGUUUACACAACCAGUUUAUGUGGUUAAAUAGCCCUUUAUUUAAAGAGAGAAACAUCAUUUUAAGAGUUAUUAAAUUAUCUAAGUUUAAAAUUAAAAUCAGACAGAAGAGAGAGCGUAUUUAUAGUCAGCUUUUUUAUCUGAGAGGGCGAGAAUAUUUGACCAUAUGAAUGGCGAAAUAUUCUCGGAGACUUUGCUAGUUAAAAGUUAAUAAAUAAAUAAUUUUAAAGUUUCUCAUGAACCUCCCGCAAAGUGUUUGUGGCUCUGAGGUUAGUUUUUAUAAAGAGUUAUCAGACUUUAUUUAUAAAACUUAGAAAAAAAGACAAAAAAAGAGGCAAGUCCUGUUUGAUAUCUUUUUGCAAUUGUACCAAAAGUGACUUAUUCUCGACCUCGCUGGCUUCCGUUGUGUCCCCUCGUGUCGCGCUCUCUGUGCUGGCGGAGCUCUCGCGUGGCGCUGUGCUGUGGUGGUGCCCGUGGCUGCCUUUGCCGUCUGCUUUCGUUUCACGCUGCCGUCAUUUUCCCUAAGCUCGACCGAGAGAUUGAGUUGGAAUCUCUCCAGAUUCUCCAGAAGGACACUGGCACGCGGGCAAAGGCGCCGCUGCUGCUGGAGGCAGAGGUGGAUGGCUGGUGCGGGGCAGCGGUGGUGCCUGCCCGGAGGACGCGUCCCGCCGGGGCCGGCUCGGGGCUCCCACCAAGCCGUGGACACGGGGGACUCGCUGCGCUUCCCCUCCUCCCCCAAGGCUGGUAGAGGAGUAACCCAAGGGAGAAUUGUCCGAGUUUAGGAGGAGACUGAUGGGAUUUAACUCUGGAAUUGGAUCCUGUGGUCACAACUUGUGUUGCUCCUGCAGCCCCUCUGACAGGAGGGGCGAGUCUGCCGGCAGCGUGGGGCCAGCGCCAGCCCUGAGUGUCUGCACGUUGCUGGAAAUUAAGCUGUGGCAUGGUUGCUGUCUUUCCUGGUGCAGCUUCUGUCUGUGGGUGUUGGAAGAGUGCUUAGACUUACAGCUGUGUGGCACAGCUGAGAAGCUAUUUGUGGCCACGCUCCGUUUCCACAAACACUUUGAUCCCCCUCUCCCUUCCCCAAAGAUUUGAGCUGAAUACUGAGUUGUUGUAGAGAAGCAGGACGGGGUGAAGGCCAUGGGAUCUCCUGGCUGCAGAAAGUCUCCUGAGUGGAGAGGACAGACCAGGGUGGCCCAGGUGAAACCGCAGCCUUGCGGGGAGGCGUGGUUCACCGUGCUGGCUGGGUGCUGGGGGUGUCUUUCUCAUGUAGCUCAACUGAUACUGCUGUCCUCGGGGCUGAGGAGCGGGUAAAUCUGACAAGAGUCGGAAUGUGGCAGGAGAGAAGCAGAUCGCUGGUGGGGAUUUUCUGCUGGAGCAGAUCAGCUUUGCUCUGACCGAUUGGGAGUUGAGAGAAGCUGUUUGGGAUGCUUUUCCCAGUGAACUUGAAUGAGGAGUGGGUUAGAACAUUGCCUCCAUGCUUCCCCGCCCAGCCUUGGGAUUUCUCUGAGCUGAAGUGUCCCACCUGCAGCGUCCCAGCCCUUUGCCCGACGGGCCAUGCACUGAGCAGUGCUCGGCACAGAGCUCUGGGCUCUGACCUCUGUCUUCCGGCAGUGACGUGGUGCCUGGAAGAGGUGAGAUGUUCCAAAACACCUCUUGGCCUGAGGUGUCAGUGCCAACCCCGUCCCUUGGAGCCAGCCUGAGAUGGAACCUGGCUCAGGCACCGUUCUGAGCCCAGCUGGAGGCCUGACCUCGGCGGGGUGAGCAGCCGAAGUUCUGUGCGUGGGGCUGGUUAGGAACUGAGCUCCAGGGGCUGGCGGCUGUGGCAUGAGGAGGGUCCCAUCAACAGAGCAGUGAUGAUGGGCGAUCCUGCAGCCACGGUGAACUUGCCUCAGCUCUGCUCUGCAGCAAGGAAUGUCCGUGUCUGUCCGGGCCUGCGGGUGGCGGCCGUGCCGUUGCCGGUUGCUGCUUUGGAGCGAGGCGGUGAGUCAGGAGGACAGAGCAGGUGGCAGCACCGGCUCCACCCGACGCUAACACCGUGGUUUCUCCUCCCCUGUGGUGUUUGCCGGUUUGCGGCCCCAGCCCGCGCGAGUGGCCGAGCCUGUUCGACGAUGGCACGUGGUGUAGGGGGGAGCAGGGGCGAAGCUGUGCCUGUGUGAUAAACGAGCUGGGUGUCGACAGCAAGGGCCCCUUGUGAGUGCUGCUCCCCCUGCUACUGGUGCUGGUUUUGGUUUUGUUCUCGGUGAAGUGUUGGACCCCAAGUGAUGUAUUUCUGCGGUGUUGAGGAGUCUCCCGCCCUGCCCCGGGGACCCGUCCCCUGCCAGCCGGCUCCCUGCGCCCGAGCCGUCACGCUGACCCCUCUCUCGUAUAUAGCGUUCUGGAGUGUGACAGUUCUUGUUCCUGAGGUGCUCGUCCGUUUGGUUUCCUGCUGUGAAGGGUGUCGUGUUUUCUUUCUCCUUUUCCCGGUGCUGUCGCGGCGGUGGUUGGGGGGGGCCCUGCCCCGGCCUGCCCGCAGAGCGACCCCCGGUGUGUUGCCCCCGCGCCGCCGCCCGGGGGUUUGUGUAUCUCGUGGUGAAUUGUGUGAAGUUCCCCCCGCAGCCUCGGCGGGUGUCGCUCUCGGGACGGAGCGUGGGGCCGGGGAGCGGCGUGUCCUGGCCGCGGCCGGCGCUCUGUCCCCGUGGCCCGGCCUGGGCCCGCC